CAUCUCAAACAACAGAUUUACAUAUGGAUUUGUUUUAGAUUCCAAUCAUAAAAAUUAAACAAGUGAUACAGUCUUGACUUCUCCAGCUGGUCAGAGGCUCAUUCAAGACGCAAGAGAUUUGAAACCCUACAAGAUGACAGGUGCCAAUUGUUCAUGAACCUAGUUCUGGCAGAUUAGUGAAGACUCUCCUCAACUUCAAUAUUAGUCAUCAUUGCUAAUCAGGGUUAUAAUCAGGCUUUGUGCGUCGCGUUCUCAGCCAAGGAAUAGUUCAAAUGAGUUGUUGAGUGUGUCUCAAAGAAUUCAGGCAGUUAUGGAGGAAAAUUUAGGUCCUAUCUGUUACCACAUGCAGUAGGUGUACCCACCAGUCUAUAUGUGUAAGUAACCCCUAACUCUCCAAAAGCUCUUUACUGUCCUGCAGACUGUAGAGGGAGAUCUAAGUACCUCGCUGCCCCCCUCCACUGCAUGUCUGCUGUUUAGCAAAAUAACCACUCAGCCGACUGUUUGUGCAUACCUAUUUGCCCACAAGGCAUUAAAGAAAACAUACUUCAAAGUGCAGGCCCAUGCUGUAAGCGGUUGGUGAGCACAAACUGUCAGAUUAAGAGGUCUGAGAGGAUGAUCCAGCCAACAUUUAGUCGGAUUUCUAGCAAAUUACCACCAAGCAUGUUUGGGUCAACCCCCUGGCACCCUAGGGAGCGCAAUACUUCUGACACCCAAACUAGACAUAUGAAGAAAAACAAAAACAAGACUGAUCUCUUGGAUUUUUAAUGUCUACACUCAGCAUCAUGUAGCUUCUCUGCAUGUGGCUCUAGAGCAGCUAUGGGGGGGUUGGCCAUUUUGCCACUGGAAAAGGAAGCUAAGCAUUUAGGUGUCUUAACUAUGGCCUAAAGUGCUAACAAGGGAUUAGUGAGGUAAACGUUGAAAGAGGUUUAGCACUCCAUGCUUAGGACCAGUGCUGCUUCAGUAAUUACACAUCAGUUGCAAGGUGCGGCAAGUAGUUGGAUGGGAGAUCAUAGUGAUGUCAGGACAGGGAGGGCUUACCGAAGGAGAUAAGGCCAGCUAAUGGAGAUGAAAUGAAUCGGUAUUUAAAAGGUCUUUUUUAGUUAAGGCAGUUAGCUGGCAGCAGACUGCACUCGGACCAGUUGGUUGGCUGGUGGGAGGCCAUUUAGUUGGAAGUGAAAGAGCUUACAGAAGGUAGACUGACUCUGUGAGCUGUCCAAAGGUUUUUCAUUUAUAUUUUUGACUUGUGUUUCCUCCUGAAUUGGGACAAACGAGGUCCAAACUCUGCUCAUUGGUGUGAACUUGAAGUGAUUCACGUGGAGGUCAAAGGUCGUGUGUGUGUGUGUCAUGACCCCACGGGAGCAGCUGAGGAAGAUGACAGCACUGGGAGAGCAGGGGGCUUUAGAUGAGAAGCACUGGUAUCGUCUGGUCAACGGCAUGUCGGCUGGAGAGCUGAGGCACAGGCAAGAGAUGAUAAUGAGAAACCAGAUGGCCAUGGCUCCACAGAUCCUCACCCAGGGGCAGCAGAGGUUGCAGGGGGUCCCGACACAGUUCGAACCACGCUUCAUGGAGAGGGAGUUGGUCCCCCCCAAUGAGAUGGUACCUUCUGAUGCCAGACAGAUGCACAUGGCACCUCACCUGGGUCCACCUCUUACCCCACAUGCUAGUGUCCUGCCUGGGAGAGCUUUCCCUGGAGCAGCCGGCUAUGGCUUUUUGCCCUCGGAGCCCAUGGAAACAGUUGCCCGGCGACAGGAGCUCAUUCACAAGCAAAAUAUAGCCAGAAUGGAGAUGAAUGCCAUCCUGCAUCAGAAGGAGCUGGAGAACGCCCACCAAAAGGGACUGAUGGGAAUGGAAAACCCUAUGUCGUACCCCUCCAACCCCAUGGCGUUCAGAGGCCGUCAGCGCAUGCCAGACGGCCACGACGUCUUCGUCCACCGUCCCACCUUGGAUGAACUUCACUCCAACAGCAUACUCAUGUCAGCCAGCCCUUACCCACCAAUCAGCACGCUGCACAGAGAGAGGGGACGCAGGGCGGGCAGAAGGCCGACCGCUCACAAGAGCGCAGAGAGCCACGUGGCCAACCUGAAGGGCCAAACUGAAGAUAAAAGUGUAGAGCAGAGCCCAGGGGCCACAUCAGGGGAGGAGAAAGAGGUGGAGGCAAAGGGCGACAUGGGUGAGGAGUGUGCCGCCAGCAAGACGCAUCAUCAAGCCAAAAUAGACUCUGAACUCGCCACAGGAAGCAGGAAGAACUACAAAGAGGGGGAGCCAGGCCUGCGUAAAGCCUGUGUUAACAGCCAAGAUGGGUGCUCAGAUGUGGCCAACAGCAGCGCAAAUGACAAAGACAUAACAAGCCAAUGUUCAGCUUUCCAGGACAAAUUCAUGUAUCCCUCAGCUGGUGGAGCCCUCACAGGCAUGCCUUACAUGUUCCCAGUCCCUGGAAAUGGUUUCCUCCCACCUGGUCCGCCGAAUCUCUUUCUAAAUGGUGAUGAGGUGCCUGAGGACAUACGGAAGUGGACAGUGAAUGAUGUUUACAACUUUAUCAACAGUAUACCCACAUGUUCAGAAUACGCUCAGACAUUCAAGGACCACAUGAUUGACGGGGAGACGCUUCCCCUCCUCUCAGAGGAGCAUCUACUGGACACACUGGGGCUCAAGCUUGGGCCGGCUCUUAAGAUCCGCUCACAGGUGUCCAGGCGCCUGGGCAGCAUGUUGUACAUGAUGAACCUGCCGCUCUCCACCCCCACCCUGCAGGCCACUCCUGAGAAGCCUGUGGAUCACUCGUCAGAGAUCGGCUCCCCAGUUAACUGCAACAGCGAGGAGAUGUUGGCAAGUCCAAGAGACCCUGAUGUCCUCAAGUCCACAGAGCACCUUCAUGAAACAGAAAACAAUUCCCCUCCAUCUGCCAGCAGUGAGACAGCCUGAUCAGUGAUGAUAUUAUGGAAAUAUGAGGACACAUGCAAAACUGACCAGGAUGAAUCUGCGCCUACAGCACUGCCUGAUAAACUGCUGCUGCCCCAGUGUUGUUUACAUGAUGAUUUACUGGAUUGAAAAUGCUUUUUUACUAUUUACUACUGCUGCCUGGGCUUAUGAUACACAGGUCCACAAGACCUAAGUGUCUGCUAAAUAUUUGUAUUUGACAUAUAUUUUUAUGUAUCUGUAAAAGUGGAGUGAAACUGAUGAGGAUUUUGAGUUAUGAGGAGCUAAGAAGGUCUUAUAUAUUUUUUUUGGGCCUAAGUCUCCAAACGUCUGAUUGUAGCUUUAAAUUCAGUUUGGAUUUAUGUUAAGCUGCUAUGUGUCAUUUUCUUAGUGGGUCUGCACGAGGACCUUAGAAACCAUAUGGGGAUGGUUUUAUAAUCAAAUAAUGAAAUACUUGUGUGUGUCCUUUGGAUUUGGAUGUUUGAUACCUUUUUGGUUAUGUUUGUUUGUUGAAUGGAUUGGAAAUAAAAGUGUUUUUCUACACAGGAACCUGUAGUACUUUCUUACUCUCAUCAUAAGGAAUAAAUAUGUCAAGACCAAGAAUCACAUAUUGUCAGUGGUGGAAUGUUAAUGUAACUGCAUCU